UAAUUGUCUAAUGUCUAGAUAAAUAAGAUAAUAGGUACACCAACUUUACUGACUACACCGUGUUAUUAUUUUAUUUUAUACACCGGUGUCUCUCGCUUAGGCUCUAGCUUGACUUUUGGCUCGUUAAUCGUUAUGAAUAUAAUUACUUAAAUAUUAAUGAUUUGGUCUUAAAUUCAUGAUGUUUAUAUUUAGUUAUCUAUGGUUCAUGGUAAUGUAAAAUCACUAAAUACAAGAUUAUAAGUAUAACAUGAAAAUAGUUGUCAAAUUAUGACUGAUGCUAUCACUGUUUUUUAAGAGUUCAUUCUGAUUUUAUUCAUUUUGUGGAUUUACUACAGUCCUACAAGCGAUGGUGUUUCUUUGAUACUAACUUCUUAGGCAAUUCAGCGUGCAUAAAAGCUGCGGACGACCAUGGUUCAGUCUAGAUUGCAACAGUGUAUUGCAUGUGUGUGUCUCAACUGCGGUUCAUCUUUAUUCUUAUUCUAGACUAAAUCAUAAUAUAGUUAUACUGCAAUAAAAUAUUAAUUAACAUGGACUAUCAAGAUCAAAUUAAUAGUAUAAACAAUGCAUCAAAAAAAAAAUCAUCCAAACAUGAAAAGAAUUUUCACAGAGAUAUAAAUCAUGAUAAAAUAAUUUCAUUUAACGCUAUAUUGAACCAAGAAUUUUGUGUUGAGGACGAAAAUAAUGAACUGUACCUUAAUAAUUUAUCCAUUGGGGACUUGAAUAAUAAAGUUAAAAAGUAUAAUACAUUAUACUUGGAAAAUAAAAUCAAUAUGCUUAAUGCAUUUGAUAUAGAUUUAAUCAGUUGUGUACAACAAAUGGUAAAGAGAUCAAAAGAGACAAAUAUUUUGGAAAUUAGUAAUACAUUUGAUGCCAUUAGUAAAGUGUACUCAUGUAGAGUUGACGAUAUUUGGAUAACAGGAAAUAAAUUAAUCAAAGAAUUUUUGUCAGAAAUAAAAAAUAAAAAGUUUGUUAAAGAGAAUGAGACCAAAAUAAAACAAAAAUAUAGAAAAAAACUAAUGUUAACAACAGCAGAUAAAUUAUGCUGUAAAGAAACCAAAAUGUUACCAAAAAUAAAUUAUUUAAGAGUUGAUUUUGAUAGUGAUAUCAUUGACUAUUCAAAACCUUCAAGAAUAUUAGUUAAUAAGUAUUCUAAUAAGCCCUAUUGGCCAGAGUACAGUGUUUCUAAAAAUGUUAAAGUGAAUGAAAAUCAAGAAGAAGUAUAUGAAAUGGAAGAUGUUAGUUUUUUAAUUGAAAAUGGAAAAAUUUGUCCUCCAUAUCAUAAAUUUAUAGCUGAAUGUGAUGAAAGUACUAAUUUUGAUGAUGAUACUGACCAGAACAAAUUAGACAAUAUUCUUACACAUUUUAAUCAAGAAACAUCUAAAUUUUGUGCUAACAAUUCUGAAGAAAUUGAUGAUUCAAUGGAAGUAGAUUUAUGUGAACCAAAUUCAGAAAUAAUAACACCUACAGAUUUUGGAUCAUCUACUCACAAUAACAGAGUAUUUGGUAGACAAGAUAAUUUAAAUUCUUUAUCUCAAACAUUACAAAUGGUGGAUACAACAAAUAGUAGUGAUUAUACAUUCUUUAAUCGUGAAAAAAUGUCUUACUUUAAAUGUUCCAAUCACUGGAAUGAGAAAUUCAAAAUGAUGACAAUUAACAGUAAACAGAAAGCAAUGCAUAUUAAGUCACGUAUAGCUCAAACAUCUCAAUUACAAUCUCAAAAUGAUGUUUCUGAAUAUCAAUAUAACAAAUCAAAAGCUAUAAAAUUUAAAGUUGAUUUUUACUCUGAUAACUCAACAAUAUUGAAAAAUAUUAAAUUAAAUUCUGGUAAAAAUCAAUGUAGUUACUUUAAAUGGAAACCAAGUAAUAACUUAAUUACUUCAUUUGAUCAAUCAAAUAUUAGGCCUAUCAGACAAUUAGAAUGUUGCAAGUAUAUAAAUAUGGUUCCUAACUGGUAUAAAGAUGAAUUUCAGGAAUUAAAUAUUAAUACAAAUCCAAAUAUAUUGUUCUUGUUUCCAGAAAGAAAUAUUGAAAGCAACAGUUUAUUGUUAGAUGAAGUUCCAGUAGAGAAUACAGACUAUAAUGACCAAGAUGUCAUGGAUACCGAGUGUGAAAACGAGAAAGAUGAAAUGAUGACUGAAAUAAAUAAUGGUGACAAUUUAAAAAUAGCUUUGAGUAAAAAAAAUACACAAGAUAAUGCUUUUGAAGAGUACCCUACUAGUAAUUCUGGAUACAUAGAUAUGCAUGAACUUAAAAAAUAUAUUAUGAAUAUUAUUAAACCAAAUGGUGAGGAAACAAUAAAUAUUUCAUUUGCAGAUAUAAUAUUAAAUUUGCCAAAAAUAUUGCCGGAAAAUAUGAAAGAAAAUAUAAGUGUAUCUGUUAUAUAUGUUGCUUUAUUGCAUUUAUGUAAUGAAUACAGUUUAUGUUUAGAAAACAAAAAUGAUGAAAUUUUAAUCUCUCAGAGUUCUGUAAACAAUGAAAUAUUAGAAUAAGUUUUUUGUUUUCUGUCAAAUAUUAUUGUAUUAAAUUUAUAAUAAAAGUACCACUGAAUAACCCUACUUCAUAACUAUUUAAUAUUAAAUUUGUUUAGCUUGAUCAGUAGAAUCUUUACUUGUUUGGACAUUCCAAUGAUAGAUAGGAUUUUAAAUGUGCUAAAGCACUUGAUACUUAAAUGUAUAUCUUCUGUUAGUUUCCCAAAAAUACUAAUGUAAAUAAUUAGUAAGUGCCCAAAGCUCUAUGAGUGCCUAAUCUAGUGUCUACCUUAGAUUACAAGUAUAAAUGAAGUAUGUGGGCUUAUAUAAGAUAUUGUGUGUAAAUUUAUAUUUUUGAAAUUAAUAACUAUUGUAAGAAUUUCAAAAGGAUAUUCAACAACAAAUUUAUAAAUGUUUUUUUUUUUUUAUUAUCAUUAUUGUAUUUUAUUUAUUGAUUUAUAUGUAUUCGAUGUAUUUUAUGAUGUAUUUACAAAAAAUCAAAUAAAAACAUCUUUUAAUCAUUUA